AUGGACGUGUCCGGAGCCGCAGGUGAUGGCGGCCAAAGAUUCUGUGGUGGUAGAAUGUCCUACUUGCAAGGGGACACUGUCAACAGGCCAAUUACAGCUCACCUGAUGGGACCCGUGUAUGUGGUGACCUUCAGGAGCAGUGACCCCGAGCAGCGCCCCACCACUUCCCUUGGCUUGGGCUUCAUGCUAACCUUCCGUCAGCGUCACUCCUGCACCGACUUCUCCUCCCUUUCUUCUCCACCUGACCCCGUGCUGUCUGACGUGGAAACUGAGUGGCCUGCGGGCUGGUCUCUCGAUGCCCUACUGCCUGAUGGACAUGAAAUCGAAAUGCUCUCUCGCAAUGCUUCCAUCUUCCCGUCCUACCCGCUACCGACCACUAUCCACUCACAUGUUGAUGUUUUCCCCUCCCAUCCGUUUACCUCGAUAGGGAAUCACCAUGCAAUGAAUUUCUACAAGAGAGAGGGACUUGUAAAGGAGAAUAACGAGACUAUCGACGGAAAAUAUUCGGAAGACCAGGAUCAGCAGAAACCGAUACAACAACAACAACAACAACCAGAGAGUAAGAACGUGAAAGAGGCGGAGAGAAAUGGCGAGGGACCAGGAAAUGGCGCCGCGUCUGCGUCGCCUUCCGGAGCAGGUCACUCACUCAGCCGAGUCAGCAAUAUCCUAUCAGCCACGCUCACUCAAGUAUUUCCGGAGUUUGGUCACUCACUGCAGGACCUCCUGGAGCGCCGCAAUGCUCCGUCCCAAGCAGACCAGCAGGAAGUGUGACCGGAGUUAGUAAAGAGACUGGACAUAGAGCUUCUUGCGAC